UCGAGACUGUGGAAGAGGAUCAUGGCUGCUGUUCCUCAAAAUAAUCUACAGGAGCAACUGGAACGUCAUUCAGCCAGAAAACUUAAUAAUAAAUUAAGUCUUUCAAAAACAAAAUCUUCAGGUUUCACUUUUAAAAAGAAAGUAUCUUCAGCCAACGAUGUAUCUGUAACGAGUGUGUCAGUAGCAAAAGCUCCUGUGUUGAAUGAUAAAGAUGUUAAUAUUACUGAGGGCUUUUCCUUCAGUGAACCUUUUCCCCACACCACAAAUCAGCAGACAAAGAUCAAUGACUUUAAAAAUACUCCAGCUGGACAGCAAACUAAGAGAGUUGGUUCAAAACCAUUAUUGCCAAAUUUGUCACAGGUUCCUCAGGAAGUUUUAUGCAGUACCCAGAACACACUGGUUGUAAAGGAAUCCUGCGAUGCUACUUUCAAGAAAUUAGAAUUUAGUUCUUCAUCAGAUUCUCUUAUUACCUUCAAUGAUUGGGAUGAUAUGGAGGACUUUGAUACUUCUGGAGAUUCAAAAGCAUUUGUGACACCACACCAAAACCACUUCAUAAGAGUAAGCACUGCUCAGAAAUCAAAAAAGUCUAAGAGGAACUUUCUAAAAGCACACCUUGAUAAAACAAAUACAGUAAAGACUGAUUUGACUCCUUCCUCCUCUGAGAGCAAGCAGGCAUAUUUGACUAAGAAACAGAAGGAUGACUCAGAAUGGUUAAAUAGUGAUGUGAUUUGCAUUGAUGAUGGCCCCAAUUCCGAAGAGCUGAUAAAUGAAGAUACUCAGGAAGAUCACCCUUUAAAAACUCAUUUGGGAGAGGAAAGAGAUAAUCGUGAAAAGAAGAAAAACUUGGAAGAAAUGGAAUUACAUUCAACUGAGAAAUCUUCAUGUGUUGAGCUUGAUGAAGAUGAUUAUGACAUAGAUUUUGUUCCACCUUCUCCAGAAGAAGGAAUGACUUCAGCCUCUUCAUCCUCUUUAAAAUGCUCUAGUGUGUUGAAGGAUCUCGACACCUCUGACAGCAAGGAUGGUCUUAGCACAUCAGAAGACUUGUCAAAAUCUGAGAAAAUGACUACACAGCAGCCUAAUCAAGAAACCUGCACAAGCUAUGAUGCUAGACAGAUAAGUUUACAGCAGCAACUUAUUCGUGUGAUGGACCAUAUCUGUAAAUUAGUUGACACUAUUCCUGAUGACAAGCUGAAAACUUUGGAUUGUGGGAACGAACUGCUCCAGCAGCGGGACAUAAGAAGGAAACUCCUCGCUGAAGCAGAUUUUAAUACGAGUGAUGCCAUUGUUCUUGGCUCAUUGUGGAGAUGCAGGCCUGAUUCACUUGGUAGCUCUGUGGAGGAUAUGGCAUCUGUUUCCCCACCUUGUGCAUUUCCAAAGGGUGAUUCCUGUCCUACAGGGAAUUCUGUUAAGGAGUUCACUUUUCCAAACCUUUCCUCAAAUUCCAUUUCUACUGGGGAGUGUUUACUGACUCCUACCCCAGGAAAGACAGGAUUCUCAGCCACCACCAAGAAUCUCUUUGAAAGACCGUUAUUCAAUUCCCAUUUACAGGAGUCCUUUGUAAGUAGCAACUGGGCUGAAACACCAAGGGUAGAAAAAAGAAAUGAAAGUUCUUAUUUCCCAGGAAAUGUUCUCACAAGCACUGCUGUGAAAGAUAAGAAUAAACACACUACCUCUAUGAAUGACUUGGAAAGAGAAAUCCAGGCUUCCUAUGAUAUUGACAAUUUUGACAUAGAUGACUUUGAUGAUGAUGAUGAUGACUGGGAAAAUGUGAUGCAUAAUUUAGCAGCCAGCAAGUCUUCCACAGCUGCCUAUCAACCUAUAAAGGAAGGUCGGCCAGUUAAAUCAGUAUCAGAAAGAACUUCUUCUUCAGCCAAGACAGACUGUUUUCUGGCAUCUACUGCUCAGAAUAAAAACUUCUCAGAGUCAAUUCAGAAUUACACUGACAAGUCGGAGCAAAAUUUAGCAUCCAGAGAUCUGAAACACGAGCGUUUCCAAAGUCUUAAUUUUCCUCAUACAAAAGAAAUGAUGAAGAUUUUUCAUAAAAAAUUUGGCCUGCAUAAUUUUAGAACUAAUCAGCUGGAGGCGAUCAAUGCUGCACUACUUGGUGAAGACUGUUUUAUCUUAAUGCCCACUGGAGGCGGUAAAAGCUUGUGUUACCAGCUCCCUGCCUGUGUUUCUCCCGGGGUCACUAUUGUCAUUUCUCCCUUGAGAUCACUUAUAGUAGAUCAAGUCCAAAAGCUGACUUCCUUGGAUAUUCCAGCUACAUAUCUGACAGGUGAUAAGACUGACUCAGAAGCUACAAGUAUUUACCUCCAGUUAUCAAAAAAAGACCCGAUUAUAAAACUUCUUUAUGUUACUCCAGAGAAGGUCUGUGCAAGUAACAGACUGAUUUCUACUCUGGAGAAUCUGUAUGAGAGGAAGCUCUUGGCACGUUUUGUUAUUGAUGAAGCACAUUGUGUCAGUCAGUGGGGACAUGAUUUUCGUCCAGAUUACAAAAGAAUGAAUAUGCUUCGCCAGAAGUUUCCCUCUGUUCCAAUGAUGGCUCUUACUGCCACAGCUAAUCCCAGGGUACAGAAGGACAUCCUCACUCAGCUGAAGAUUCUCAGACCUCAGGUGUUUAGCAUGAGCUUCAACAGACAUAAUCUAAAAUACUACGUGUUACCCAAAAAACCAAAAAAGGUGGCAUUUGAUUGCUUAGAAUGGAUCAGAAAGCAUCACCCACAUGACUCAGGGAUAAUUUACUGCCUCUCCAGGCGAGAAUGUGACACAGUGGCUGACACAUUACAGAAAGAUGGUCUCGCUGCUCUGGCGUAUCAUGCUGGCCUCAGUGACUCUGCCAGAGAUGAAGUACAGCACAAGUGGAUUAAUCAGGAUGGCUGCCAGGUUAUCUGUGCAACGAUUGCAUUUGGAAUGGGGAUUGACAAACCUGAUGUGCGAUUUGUGAUCCAUGCAUCCCUCCCUAAAUCCAUGGAGGGUUACUACCAAGAAUCUGGCAGAGCUGGAAGAGAUGGGGAAAUCUCUCACUGCCUGCUCUUCUAUACCUACCAUGAUGUGACCAGACUGAAGAGGCUUAUACUAAUGGAAAAAGAUGGAAACCGUCAUACGAAAGAGACUCACUUCAAUAAUUUGUAUAGUAUGGUACAUUACUGCGAAAAUAUAACAGAAUGCAGGAGAAUACAGCUUUUGGCUUACUUUGGCGAAAAUGGAUUUAAUCCUUAUUUUUGUAAGAAAUACCCAGAUGUUUCUUGUGAUAAUUGCUGUAAAACAAAGGAUUAUAAGACAAGAGAUGUGACUGAUGAUGUAAAAAAUAUUGUAAGAUUUGUUCAAGAACACAGUUCAUCACAAGGAACAAGAAAUAUAAAACAUGUAGGUCCUUCUGGGAGAUUUACUAUGAAUAUGCUGGUUGACAUUUUCUUGGGGAGUAAGAGUGCAAAAAUUCAGUCAGGAAUAUUUGGAAAGGGAUCUGCUUAUUCAAGACACAAUGCUGAAAGACUUUUUAAAAAGCUGAUACUUGACAGGAUUUUGGAUGAAGACUUAUAUAUCAAUGCCAAUGAUCAACCAAUUGCAUAUGUGAUGCCUGGAAAUAAAGCCCAACAUGUACUAAAUGGUCAUUUAAAGGUAGACUUUAUGGAAACGGAAAAUUCCAGCAGUGUGAAAAAACAAAAAGCUUUAGUGGCAAAGGUAUCUCAGAGGGAAGAGAUGGUUAAGAAAUGUCUUGGAGAGCUUACGGAAGUCUGCAAAUCUCUGGGAAAAGUUUUUGGUGUCCAUUACUUUAAUAUUUUUAAUACUGUCACUCUCAAGAAGCUUGCAGAAUCUUUAUCGUCUGAUCCUGAGGUUUUGCUUCAAAUUGAUGGUGUUACUGAAGACAAACUGGAAAAAUAUGGUGCAGAAGUGAUUCCAAUAUUACAGAAAUAUUCUGAGUGGACAUUGCCAGCUGAGGAUAAUUCCUCACGGAGAAGCCCCUCCAGCAGCAGAGGCACUGGAAGAAAUGCCCCUGAGGAGCUGGAUGAGGAAACACCCAUAUCUUCUCACUACUUUGCAAAUAAAACCAAAAAUGAAAGAAAGAGGAAAAGGAUGCCAGCCUCCCAGAGGUCUAAGAGGAGAAAAACUGGUUUCAGUGGUUCCAAGACAAAAGGGGGGUCCAGCACAUGCAGAAGGAUACCUUCUAAAACUAAAUCCUCCAGCAUAUUUGGACCCAGUUCAGCUUUGCAUGGCUCUCAAGCAGCGUCAGGAGUCAGUAGAAAAUUGGGGAUUAUGGCUCCACCAAAGCCUGUAAAUAGGCCGUUUCUUAAGCCUUCAUAUGCAUUUUCAUAACAACCAAAUCUCAUCUCAGUGUACAUAGAUCUUAGUUGUUGUUUGUCAGCAUCUGACCAUCUGUGAAUA